AGAGAGAGGAGGAGGAGGGGGAGAUGAAAUUCAAAAGCCAAUAAAUUUGGGAGGAAUGAAUCAUUGAAUCCAUGAAUCCAGUCAUGGCCAUUGACAAGGCACAAGAACAACCAUAAGAGCAAAGCAUGGAGACAAAGCACCCACCUUUAGCUUCGUUGCUUCUCCGAAGCAUGGUAUCCAUCCAUGUGAUUUUGUUCCAAUAAAGCCACAGAGAAGCAAAGAAGAAGAAGAAGAAGUAGGAGGAGGAGGAGGAGGAGGAUGAAGAUGGGGAAAGAGGACGAGGAGAAGCAGGGAAUGGUAGCAGAGUUUGGGAAGAGAGCAGCUAAAGAAGAAGAAGGGAGAACAGUAAUGGUGGGUGUUAGGAUGGACUCACAGAGUAGAGAGCUUCUCACUUGGGCUCUUGUCAAGGUUGCUGCUCCUGGAGAUCGAGUGAUUGCUCUCCAUGUUCUUCCUUCAAGCUCUAUAGAGGUUUCAGAAAAAAAUGGCAAGUGUUCUUCUUUGAUUUCGUUGGUGAAAUCGUUUGAUUCUGUUCUUGCAGUUUAUGAAGGUUUCUGCAAUUUAAAGCAGAUUGAUUUGAAGCUGAAGAUUUGUAGGGGAUCAUCAAUCAGAAAAGCUUUGAUUCGAGAAGCCAAAGCUUAUUCUGCAACUAAACUGAUUCUUGGAGUUGCCAAGAAUCCCAGCAUCCUUGGAUCAUCAUGGAUUUCGAUUGCAAAACAUUGUGCAAAAAAACUCCCUCUUGAAUGCUCAGUGCUUGCAGUGAACAAUGGGAAGGUUGUUUACCAAAGAGAAGCAUUGCCGGCCUCUCAAUGCCAAGAGAAAAACAAAGCUGACAAUAAGAACAAAUCUGGGAGAAACAGUAGUGCUCCAGAGAGAAAAGAGGAGCGCUCUUUGGCUUUAGUUCCGAUGAAAAAGUCAUUGGAGAUGAGACCUGGAUGGUCUCUGCUGAGAAGAGCCAUCAUGAAUGAUCGGAAAACUUCAACGGAGAAAUCUAAGAUAUCAGUGUUUCAGUGGGCAAUGUGGUUGCCUAGCCGGUGGUCAUUCUCGUCGUCAAUUCACCCUGAUCGCAAGCCGACAAAUCCAGAGUUAGAUCCUUCAGUGAAUUGCAAUGAAGAGAACAAUGUCGACGAAGACGAGGUGAAAAUUCUCGAGGAAUUACAAUCUCUUCAAGUGAAGUAUUCAUCCAUUUGUAGAUUGUUCAGCUACCAGGAUCUUAUGGACGCAACAUCAAACUUCUCAACAGAGAACUUGGUAGGGAAGGGAGGCAGCAGCAUGGUUUACAAGGGCUGUCUCUCAGAUGGCAGAGAAUUAGCAGUAAAAAUCUUGAAGCCUUCUGAAGAUGCAUUGAAAGAAUUCACUUCGGAGAUUGAAAUCAUCACCUCACUGAAUCAUAAGAACAUCAUAUCGCUUCUCGGUUUUUGCUUCGAGAACAACAAUCUCGUAUUGGUCUAUGAUUUCCUGUCCAGGGGUAGCUUAGAAGAAUGCCUUCAUGGUGAGCAAGAGAGCAAGAUUGGCCUCAAAUGGAUCGAUAGAUAUAAGGUGGCGGUUGGGAUAGCCGAAGCACUAGAUUAUCUACAUGGCAGUGGUAAUGCUCAACCAGCAAUCCAUAGGGAUGUUAAAUCCUCAAACAUCCUUCUUACUUCUGAUUUUGAGCCACAGUUGUCGGAUUUCGGUCUUGCAAAGUGGGCAACAGCAUCAACAUCUUCCAUAGCAUGUCGUGAUGUUGCCGGAACAUUCGGGUACCUUGCUCCGGAAUACUUCAUGUAUGGGAAAGUCACUGAAAAAAUUGAUGUCUAUGCCUUUGGAGUUGUUCUUCUUGAGCUUCUUUCAGGAAAGAAGCCAAUCAACACAGGAUGUUCCAAGGACCAGGAGAGCCUUGUUAUGUGGGCCAAGAAAAUCCUACAAGAAGGAAAAGCAAAACAACUUGUGGAUGGAUCUUUGGGUGAUGAUUACGACAGUGAUCAAAUGGACAGGAUGAUUCUGGCUGCCACCCUUUGCAUUCAACGAGCUCCUCAUUCUCGGCCUCGAAUAUCAAUUGUCUUGAAACUUCUUCAAGGAGAUGAUGAUGUUCUCAAAUGGGCGAGAUCACAAGUCAGUGCCUCCGAAUGUUCUGAUGAUUUAGAUGAAGUAACAAAUCCGACUCCAGAUAUUCAAUCAUAUAUAAACCUCGCAUUACAAGAUAUAGAUGAAGACUCGCAUUCAGUUAGUAGCACAGAACCUUCUGUUGAUUUUAUAACGGGAAAUACUUCACUAGAAGAUUACUUGCAAGGGAGAUGGAGCCGCUCAUCAAGUUUCGAUUGAAAUCAUUCGGGAUUAUUUAUGAGGUGUUAUGGAAUGAGAUGUGGUGUGCAAGAGCCCUCCUCCAUGGCCUUCUUCUCAUGAACAUGGUGGUCUUUUGUGAUGGUGUUUGCUUCUAUUGAAGCGCCAUUUUGAUGACAAGUCUCAUCUUGUUGUUUUUAUUACAAGAGGGUGAAUGUAAAUAAAAUGCAUUCCAAGAAUGAAUAUGACAACACAUAUUCAUUGUUUCUA